AACUAUUCAAUGAUUUGUAUUUUUGUUCUAGGCCAAGAAAGAUAUUUACCAAGUGAAAUCUCAACGGUUAUUAUUAGCCCAGGACGAAUACAACCAUCUGAACAACGCUUUGGCAAACCUCGCUACCUCAAGGACGAGUUUAUGUUCGUCGAGUAGUAGCAUAAGCACGAAAUAUGAUCCAGACCUACUCAAAUCCGAUGUAGCUCUAGCGAAAAGUAGAGUUUCUAGGCUCAGGUGUGAGCUAGAACAGAUCAGGAAUGAGUUGACCUACACCCAAAGGGGUGUUGAAACAUUAACGAAUGUGGAGCAGAAGCUCAGCAUGCACCAAGGCACCUGCUACAACAUAUCCGAAGCGCAAGCCAUCAUGGUCGAGCUGCGCAACAUCCAAAAAUCCCUCUCUUCCGGCGAGAAAGAGAAGGCCGAUCUGAUGCAAUCGCUGGCCAAGCUCAAAGACGAGCUCACCAGACUGCAAUUGUCCGAGAGCUCCCUCGACAUAUCCACUCUGAGUCUGCCUCAGGAGAAACUGAGCACCGCCUCGCAGACCGAUCUGUCCUGCGAGCUGGUCCCCAUAGGAACGCGACUAGCCGAGAUGGCGAAAAUGAGGUUAGAAUACGACGAGGCGAGAAAACGAGUGCAACACAUCCAGCAGAAACUCGCCGAUCUGGAGGAGAAAGUCCAUCCCGGCCAGGUGGAAUCGGACAAGGACAGACUGCUGCUGUUCCAGGAGAAGGAGCAGCUGCUGCGCGAGCUGAGGAGCAUCGCGCCGCGCAUGCGUACGAAAGAGGAGAUGACCGGCAUCCGGUCGGAGUGCAAGCGGCUCGAGGAGGAUCUCAACAAGGCGUUGGAGAUGUCGAACAGGGCGAUCGCGGACCGGCUGAGGCUGCACGAGGAGAAGCAGCUGUUGCUGCAACAGCUGAAGGACGGACUGCGGCAGAUGACGCAGCUGGAGUCGAGGUUGAAGACGCUGUCGGCGAGCACGCUGUCGGUGAGCAGCAGUUCGAGUCUGGGCUCGUUGUCGACGACUAGUAGCAAAGGGUCGCUGAGUUCUGGGUUGAGUUUCACCGACAUUUACGGAGGACCACAAUGUAUAGGUUCGACCAACUCGGAGAAACCCAUCGACAUGGCCGACCUGCACAAGCGCGUCGAGCGGCUGCUCAAGCCCGCCGAAUCGCCCGCCCGUCCCGCCUCCCCGCCCGGCCGGUCGCAGCCGUCGCUGUCGCCGCGCAGCUCGUUGAGUUCCGUGUCGCCGCCCGUGUCGCCCGUCUACGAGAACCUGCCGCCCAACGGGGCGGGGCAGCCGCCGCCCGCCUACGAGCAGGUCAGGCGCGAGAGGGCGAUGAGGAGCGAGCAGCGGCAGAUCGAGGAGAGGUUAGUGGAGCUGCGCCUGUCGACCCCCUCCUUCGCCAACACCGACUGUUCGUUCUCUCCCCGCCCCGCCCUCUUCCUGCCCGCCGACCAUCUGGAAGCGCAGCCGCAUGACCCUGUGGGCGGCUGCCGCCCUUUGCGCUACUCGUACGAGAGCGCGGGCGACCACCUGGAAGCGCACGCGCAGGAACUGGCGGGCGGCUGUCGGCCCGCGCGCUACUCGUACGAGAGCGCGGGCGAUGCGCCGCUGUCGCCCAUAUCGGAGUCGGCGGCGCCCGUUAUCGAGGGUGAAGAAGGGGCGGGGGCGGUGAGAGGGGCGGCGCUAUCGAGGACGUCGUCGUCGGGGACGAAUACGAGGUCAGUGUCGGCUGCUGUCAGUGACGAAUCAGUGGCUGGUGACUCCGGCGUGUUUGAAGCUUCCAAUAGAAAGAGAGCGUCAAAUUUGUUCCCUCUCGAUUUGGAUGCGGAAACUGCACAAGUACAAAUUAAGCUAAGAUACCUAAUGACUGAAAAUAUGCUCAAUAUUACGAUAGAGAAGGCGAGAAACUUGAGUGCAUUGAUGAUUCCCGACGAUUCCGAAGUAUAUGUUAAAACAGCAUUACUGCCAGCAAAUCCCACUCAGCCGUCAGUAUUCUCGACGAAAUGCGUCAAGGAUUUAAAGAAGGCAACAUUUGCUGAUGUAUUUAAUGUUCAAGUACCUGUUAAUAAGAUAUUCACGAAAACCCUUCAGUUAAAUAUUUGGAAUAAACCAUCGAGCCUGCAAGAAAUAUGUGUUGGUUGUGCGCAAGUCAGCCUGGCCGACUUCAACGUCCACCACGUCACGCAAAAGUGGUACAACGUGCUGUCGCUGCGACCCGACCAUCCCGCCCACCCACCGUCUUCGCUCCGCCCACUAGAAUCUGACGCGUCUGCGCGGCUGCAGGCGGGCAAAGAGGAGAGCUCCGACGACUCGACGAUCGUGUCGUCGCAGACGUCGACGCUGACGCGCAACCAGGAGACGCUGACAGCGCCCAGGGUGGACAUCGAUUUCGAGGAGCUGUACGACUGUUUCAGGAGUUCGGCUGCCGAAGGGUACGAUGACAGCGAGGAUUCGGAAGAAGAUUUGGGGGAGGAGUGUGAUGAAGAAGGCAUCACAGUGGAGUUCCGGUCGCCCGACAAACUCGACGUCGUUCUCGAACAAACCGACGACUGCGACGACGCGUGUGCCGAGUGCGACGACGCGUGCGCUGCGUGCUCGGACCAGCUGCAGCUGCAGCCCGAGUACUCGGACAAGCAGACCAACACGGAGUGCGCGUUCCAUCCGGAGCAGGCGAAGCAGAUGAAGCUGAGGGCGGCGGCGGUGGGCGGGGGCGUGGGCGGGGGGGCUAGUGAGGGACCGAUCCGGCGCAGCCAGACGUUCUCGCCGAGCGCGCAGGUGUCGAAGGCGCACUACGCGUGCAAGCUGAACAGGAGCGACAGCGAUAGCGCGAUGCCGUUGUACAGGAGAGGCAGCAAACCCUUCGAACGCCACGCCGUCGAGCGCCGCUCGCUCCGCUUCCGCCGCCAACCCCACUCCGCCACCUCCACCACAUCCCUCGCCUCCCCCCACCACCACCACCACCCCGCCAAACCGCACGCGCCCACCGUGGCGCGCACCUCCAUCGACCUCGAGCUCGACCUGCGCGCGCAGCACGCUCGCCUCGACAAGCUGCAAGCCGAGCUGCUGCGCCUGCGCGACCUCAAGCGGCGACUCGAGUCGGCGAAGGAGCGCGGCGAUGUCGACGUGGCUGCCGGCCUGCUGGAGAACGGUCAAUUCCAGACGAUGAUGGCGCAGGCGGAGAGCAGGCGGGUGGUGAGCGGGCCGGAGGAGAGGCGAUUGGAGAAGAUGCUGCGCAGGGUGUCGAAGGAGAUUUACAAGUUGAGGAAGUCGAAGGCGGGGAACGGCAAGCCGGACCUGAUAUCCUUCAAAGAGAAGAUGGCGUUCUUCACGAGAACGGACACCAACGUGCCUUUCCUGCCUAUCGACGAGUGCCAUUCGGGCAACGUUGCCACGAAAAAUUCCAACGAAGACAAACCCCCACAGGGGGCCGACGAGGAUAGCGGUAAAGUUGUGAACGAGGAGGAGAAAUCUAAAAAUGGCGAUCAAGAAAGCGCCGCUCGUUACGGUUAUUAUGUAGAUAGAGCGUUAGGGGUCGAAGUUUGA